ACAUGAGUUUACAAAAAGAGUGCUUUCGAAAGUUCACAAGGCCAGCUAGGGACUCUCUUAAUUUAAAGAAUCAAAAUCAAAAUGAAACCAAUUGAAUAAUUUGAGGUCUCUCAUCACAGCUCCCUUUUAACGACUCACUCUCACUAUAAAUAUUUCAUGCAUGCAGCUUUUCUCAACACUCACUAACACCAAACCUCUUCCCUCUCCUCUCUGCACUCCCAACAACAAUAUCUAUCAUUGAGGAUCUCAGCAGCAUUGGGCAGAGGUGAUAAGUUUUUUUCUUCUACACAUGACUGCUAGGGGCACCGACCCCAAAAGGGGUCGUCUUUGGCCACACAUGAUCAUGGCAAUGGCCAUUGCUUUGAUUUCGACUACUGUAGUUUCUGUCCAUGCUGAUGGUUACCCUUCCUAUUCUUCACCACCACCACCUCCUCCAACUUAUGAAUACAAGUCACCACCUCCACCUUCACCAUCACCUCCUCCUCCUUAUGAGUACAAGUCACCACCUCCUCCAUCAUCAUCACCACCACCUCCUUAUGAGUACAAGUCACCUCCCCCUCCUUCCCCAUCACCACCACCUCCCUACUAUUACAAGUCUCCUCCACCACCUUCUCCAUCGCCUCCUCCUCCAUACUACUACAAGUCUCCUCCUCCACCCUCUCCCUCCCCGCCUCCUCCAUACUACUAUAAGUCCCCUCCUCCACCCUCUCCCUCACCACCUCCUCCAUACUAUUACAAGUCUCCUCCACCACCCUCUCCCUCACCACCUCCUCCAUACUACUACAAGUCUCCUCCACCACCCUCUCCCUCUCCACCUCCUCCAUACUACUACAAGUCCCCUCCACCACCCUCUCCCUCACCACCUCCUCCAUACUACUACAAGUCCCCUCCACCACCCUCUCCCUCACCACCUCCUCCAUACUACUACAAGUCCCCUCCACCACCCUCUCCCUCACCACCUCCUCCAUACUACUACAAGUCCCCUCCACCACCCUCUCCCUCACCACCUCCUCCAUACUACUACAAGUCCCCUCCUCCACCCUCUCCCUCACCACCUCCUCCAUACUACUACAAGUCCCCUCCUCCACCCUCUCCCUCACCGCCUCCUCCUUACUAUUACAACUCCCCACCACCACCUUCACCACCUCCUCCACCACCCUACUAUUACAAGUCUCCACCUCCGCCUGAAAAGUCUCCAUCUCCAACUCCAUAUUACUACAAAUCUCCUCCACCACCAUCUCCAACUCCUUACUACUACAAUUCUCCACCACCUCCAUACUAUUAUAACUCUCCUCCUCCACCAGUUGUAUAUCCCCCACACCCGUACCCACAUCAUUACCACCACGCAUUGAUUGUUAAGGUAGUAGGUAAAGUUUACAGCUAUAAGUGCUAUGACUGGAACCAUCCCGAGAAGUCCCAUAACAAGAAACACCUCAAAGGUGCUGUUGUGGAGGUCGAAUGCAAAGCAGGGUCGAAAGUGAUCAAGGCCUAUGGUGAAACUAAGAGCAAUGGAAAGUACAGUAUCACAGUUAAGGAUUUUGACUAUGUCAAGUAUGGACCCACAGUGUGCAAGGCCAAGCUUUAUGCUCCACCUAAACACUCCCCCUUCAACACACCUACUCAAUUCAACGAAGAAACCAAGUUGAAGGUGAAAUCUAAGGACAAGUAUGAAGUGGUGCUUAAGGCUAAGCCAUUUGCUUAUGCUUCAAAGAAGUAUUUUAAAGAAUGUGAAAAGCCUUCACCCACUCCUUACUACUAUAAGUCACCUCCUCCUCCAACUCCCGUUUACAAAUACAACUCUCCACCUCCACCAUCACCAAAACCUACACCAUCAUACUACUAUAAAUCACCACCCCCACCUUCACCAUCCCCUCCUCCUCCAUACUAUUACAAGUCACCUCCACCACCAUCUCCAUCACCACCACCUCCUUAUUAUUACAAAUCCCCUCCACCACCAUCCCCAUCACCACCACCUCCUUACUAUUACAAAUCCCCACCACAAGCAUCCCCAUCACCACCACCUCCAUACUACUACAAGUCCCCUCCACCUCCAUCUCCAUCUCCACCACCUCCCUAUUACUAUAAAUCACCUCCACCACCAUCUCCAUCACCACCACCUCCUUACUAUUACAAAUCUCCUCCACCACCAUCCCCAUCACCACCACCUCCAUACUACUACAAAUCCCCACCGCCACCAUCCCCAUCACCACCUCCUCCAUACUACUACACAUCCCCUCCACCUCCUUCUCCAUCUCCACCACCUCCCUAUUACUAUAAAUCACCUCCACCACCAUCUCCAUCACCGCCACCUCCUUACUAUUACAAAUCUCCUCCACCACCAUCCCCAUCACCACCACCUCCAUACUACUACAAAUCACCACCACCACCAUCUCCAUCACCACCACCUCCAUACUACUACAAAUCCCCGCCACCACCAUCCCCAUCACCACCACCUCCAUACUACUACAAAUCCCCUCCACCUCCCUCUCCAUCUCCACCACCUCCCUAUUACUAUAAAUCACCUCCACCACCAUCUCCAUCACCACCACCUCCUUACUAUUACAAAUCUCCUCCACCACCAUCCCCAUCACCACCACCUCCAUACUACUACAAAUCCCCACCACCACCAUCCCCAUCACCACCUCCUCCAUACUACUACACAUCCCCUCCACCUCCUUCUCCAUCUCCACCACCUCCCUAUUACUAUAAAUCACCUCCACCACCAUCUCCAUCACCGCCACCUCCUUACUAUUACAAAUCUCCUCCACCACCAUCCCCAUCACCACCACCUCCAUACUACUACAAAUCACCACCACCACCAUCUCCAUCACCACCACCUCCAUACUACUACAAAUCCCCGCCACCACCAUCCCCAUCACCACCACCUCCAUACUACUACAAAUCCCCUCCACCUCCCUCUCCAUCUCCACCACCUCCCUAUUACUAUAAAUCACCUCCACCACCAUCUCCAUCACCGCCACCUCCUUACUAUUACAAAUCUCCUCCACCACCAUCCCCAUCACCACCACCUCCAUACUACUACAAAUCCCCACCGCCACCAUCCCCAUCACCACCUCCUCCAUACUACUACACAUCCCCUCCACCUCCUUCUCCAUCUCCACCACCUCCCUAUUACUAUAAAUCACCUCCACCACCAUCUCCAUCACCGCCACCUCCUUACUAUUACAAAUCUCCUCCACCACCAUCCCCAUCACCACCACCUCCAUACUACUACAAAUCACCACCACCACCAUCUCCAUCACCACCACCUCCAUACUACUACAAAUCCCCGCCACCACCAUCCCCAUCACCACCACCUCCAUACUACUACAAAUCCCCUCCACCUCCCUCUCCAUCUCCACCACCUCCCUAUUACUAUAAAUCACCUCCACCACCAUCUCCAUCACCACCACCUCCUUACUAUUACAAAUCUCCUCCACCACCAUCCCCAUCACCACCACCUCCAUACUACUACAAAUCCCCACCACCACCAUCCCCAUCACCACCUCCUCCAUACUACUACACAUCCCCUCCACCUCCUUCUCCAUCUCCACCACCUCCCUAUUACUAUAAAUCACCUCCACCACCAUCUCCAUCACCGCCACCUCCUUACUAUUACAAAUCUCCUCCACCACCAUCCCCAUCACCACCACCUCCAUACUACUACAAAUCACCACCACCACCAUCUCCAUCACCACCACCUCCAUACUACUACAAAUCCCCGCCACCACCAUCCCCAUCACCACCACCUCCAUACUACUACAAAUCCCCUCCACCUCCCUCUCCAUCUCCACCACCUCCCUAUUACUAUAAAUCACCUCCACCACCAUCUCCAUCACCGCCACCUCCUUACUAUUACAAAUCUCCUCCACCACCAUCCCCAUCACCACCACCUCCAUACUACUACAAAUCCCCACCGCCACCAUCCCCAUCACCACCUCCUCCAUACUACUACACAUCCCCUCCACCUCCUUCUCCAUCUCCACCACCUCCCUAUUACUAUAAAUCACCUCCACCACCAUCUCCAUCACCGCCACCUCCUUACUAUUACAAAUCUCCUCCACCACCAUCCCCAUCACCACCACCUCCAUACUACUACAAAUCACCACCACCACCAUCUCCAUCACCACCACCUCCAUACUACUACAAAUCCCCGCCACCACCAUCCCCAUCACCACCACCUCCAUACUACUACAAAUCCCCUCCACCUCCCUCUCCAUCUCCACCACCUCCCUAUUACUAUAGAUCACCCCCACCACCAUCUCCAUCACCGCCACCUCCUUACCAUUACAAAUCCCCUCCCCCACCAUCCCCAUCACCACCCCCUCCUUAUUACUAUCAAAGUCCUCCUCCACCAGUAAAAUCGCCUCCACCUCCAGCUUACACCUAUGCUUCCCCACCUCCACCUAUCUACAAAUAAGUUGCGAAUGCGAAAGCACCACUCAUGAUAAAUCACAUUCUUGUUUUCAUUGAGGAAUAAAGACAAUCUCCAUUUAGAGCCAAGUGAUCUACCUUCCUAUUUAAGUUUUUUGAAUAAAAGUCUGAAGUUGUGUGUCAUCUCUGCACUUCUAUACUCGUGAUUCAGACCCGAUUGAUUCUAUCUGUUUGACGGUCGUCUUGCACGUUCCAAUCUUGUUGUGUUUAAAUGCCUCACAGCUCAGAACAAGAGAAAUUUGAAAUGUAAAUGACAAGUGAAAGUGAAAAAUAUAGUACACUUUUAAUUUAUUUGUUCCUAGAUUAAUUGGCCAUGUACGAUUGGUUUUCAUCUAUGCGGCAUUUCUGUAUUGUACCAUGUCGUAUUUGUGAUAACAGUACUAUUACAUUAGAAAUAAAGCAUUUAAGCAUCGCAUUCA